CCCGGCUCUCGGCUACAGUUUUGUCAGGCUGAAAACUUCCUGAAUGAGACAUAAACCACAACAAGAGAGCAAACAACGGCAGCAUCUGUCUGUGUGUUGUUUUAUCUUUACUUCGCCGCUGUUUUGUCACCUGAAAAUUAGCUAGCGGUGAAGCUAGCAGUUUGGCUAAGAAUUGAGUCGCUCACCUGCUCUAAGCUGCUAAUCUCAUGUUAGCACGUUACCUACAGAGGUAACUUAUUGUUCUCCUUUUAUCCACCUUCUUGCCAUCGUUGCACCGCCUUUCUUCUCCUCGUUUGCAGCUGUCUCACGGCAGGUUCUUGUCUGCUCCCAUUCUGUCAGGCGUCAUGAGUGAUUGAAUGUGGUGAAACUGGCAUCAGUGAACAAGCACACGCACAAAGGGCCAUUGAUUGGUCAAGGAUGACCAUGGAAGACACGAGGAAUGAAGCCGACAAUGCCUCAGUAGUCUCUAUGGCUCUCUACUCUGUGAUGUAUCCCGUCUUUAACCAGCUGGAGAAAGUCAAUCUGUCAGCAGCACAGACCUUGAGAGCAGCCUUUAAAAAGGCGGAGAAGGAGAAUCCGGGUCUGACACAGGACAUUGUUAUGAAAAUACUGGAGAAGAAGAACUUAAAAAUCAACUAUUGUGAGUCUCUACUUCGCAUGGCUGCAGAUGAUGUGAAAGAUUUCAUGAUUGACAGGCGAGAGCCAGAGUUCCAGGAGCUGAACGAGAGGGCCCGAGCUCUGAAACACAUCCUCAGCACCGUACCAGAUGAGAUCAAUGACAGAGUAGGCUUGCUACAGACCAUCAAAGACAUUGCCAGCGCCAUCAAGGAGCUGCUAGACACAGUUAAUACUAUCUUCAGGAAAUACCAGUAUCGGAACAGACGGGCACUGGAACAGCAGAAGAAAGAGUUUGUGAAAUACUCCAAGAGCUUCAGCGACACUCUCAAAACCUACUUCAAAGAUGGAAAAGUGAUAAACGUGUUUGUCAGCGCCAACCAGCUCACCCACCAAACCAACAUGAUACUGCAGGCCUUCAAGACUGUGGUGUAGCAGCCUGAGAAGACACACACACACACACACACACACACACUCAUACACACACGCGCGUUUUGAUUAGAGAAUAGUUAAUGAGACUUUCUAAUUUGUAAGGACGUUUUAUUAUUUUGGGCUGUAUAAUUUAUCAUUCUGUGGCUUUGAGGGGAGAUCAGGUAGUCUAAAUUUCAAAGCAAUUCAGGUUGACAGUAAUUGCCAGGGAUUUUUAACUCCCUUUUAUGUUGUUCUUUUAUCAGAUAUUUAAGUCGAUAUUUCUUUGUUCUUUUAUAUAGUUCUGUUUCUUUUCAGGUCCGUGUAGGUCUUAAAAAGCUAUAGGGAAAAUGUGGUUAUUUCCCAGGUCCUUGGAAGUUUUGCAGUUGUUCAAAAAAGUUAUAAUUGUGGCAGUUAGUAAGAUUCUGCCACCGGGACUGCGACUAACAGUUCUUUUCAUCAUUGAUGAAUCUGCCAAAUAUUUUUCCUUUAAUUGUUUGUUGAAUGUUCAACAUUUUGAAAAACAUCAAACACAACUCCUCAGAGACGAAGGUGUCAACCUCAAAUAUCUGGUUUUGUCUGAUCAACAGUCAAAAACCAAAAAAAAGUCUUCAAAGUGUCACAUUUGAAAGUUGCAACUGAAGACAUUUUUAACCUGAUUAUUAAAAUAUUUUGUGCUAUCAGAAUACAUCGCUGCCUACCAAAAUCUGAUGUGUUCAAUUUGUGUCACAAAAUCAAAGUCUGAAAAAAAAAAACUUUUAGGAAACAGAAAUGGAGACUGCUGUCUUCAUCCUGUACUGCUUCACCUGGGUGCAUCAUAACUGCCGGUCAGAGGAGCAAUAACUCACCGGCUCCGCUGUCUUUCUUCUGACUUCAGUUACAGAGAUUUAUGCCAAGUCCUAACGUUAGACCCUCAGCUAUAUAAAAGAACAUGACUCUUUAUGGCAGUGGGUAAUGAAAGAAGUAAAAUCUUAAGUUUACGAGCUGAUACAAAAAUGAUUUGGGAUGAGUGUAUGUAGUGGUUUAUACUGUAUGUCAGUGGUUUCUAACCUUUUCUUGAAAGUAAUGUCUAUCUGGGAUGAGUCAGUGGUUAAGAAGCACUGCUGCAUAUACAGGAUAUAUACUAAAAGAAAAUAUGUCUUAAAAUGCUUUCGUUUUUAUUUUUUUGUCAGCCGUUGGAUUUCCUAUGUUGACAGCAAAGCCACAGAUUUCCACGAAUUUAAGGCAGCAAAAUUGAAAUUGUCUCACUUUUACUUUGUUCACACAAAUGGAUCUGAUUAUGAAUGUAUCAUUUCUUUUUCUGCCUUCUGUUUGUCUUUGUCAUGCUUCGAUUGUAAUAUUUCCCCAUGACAUUUUCAACCAAAUGUAAAUAAAACGAUGGGACCUGAAA